UCUCCAUUCUUCACUUCACUCCAACGUAAAAACUUGCUACUUCGAUUUUUCUCUUCAUAAUUUAUUUAACUUCUCUUAAUUUGCUAUUAAGGUUUUUAAAGGGGGAGAAAGGUAAAGAGAAAAAGAUGAUGCAGACACCGUCCAAUACUUCAACGCCGGGGCAAUACUGUCAUUCUUGUGGAGUGUUCCACCACCAUAGCCAAAGCUGUUGCUACAACAACAACUCAAACACCGGCUCUUCCUCGAUGGUGUUUUCCAUGCAAAAUGGCGGCGUUUUUGAGCAGAACAGCGAGGAUUAUUACUCUUCCUCCGUCGUUGAUUGUACCCUCUCUCUUGGAACUCCUUCCACACGUCUUUGCGAGGAGGAUAAGAAUCGCAGACGCUCUACCUCCUCCGCUGCUUCCUCUUGCAUCUCCAACUUCUUGGACUUGCUUCACACUAAAAACAACAACUCCAAAACGAUGCCGUGUAGUAACGUCCCUUCUUUUUCCACUGCUAAUUCCAUGAAGCCAACACGCGGUUGCUCCGGCGGUGGCGACUCUCUCCUCUCUAGACGGUGUGCCAACUGUGACACCACUUCGACUCCACUAUGGAGAAAUGGUCCUCGAGGCCCUAAGUCCCUAUGCAACGCAUGCGGUAUUCGUUUCAAGAAGGAAGAGAGAAGAACCACGGAGGCUUCAGGGAAUGCCAUCGUCAGAGCUGCACCGGUAGCAACCGAUCAGUACGUACAUCACAACGCUGUCUACAACAGUUACAAUAUUGCAACUGGUAACAGCAAUAAUGGUAAUUCGUGGGCUUAUCACACUACGCCGAGGGUCCCGUGCAAUUAUCCGGCAAAUGAGAUCAGGUUCAUGGAUGAUUACGGCGGCGCCAUAGGUAACAACGGUGACCCUGCCGGUGGUCACGGUAGCGUUCCGUUUCUUUCGUGGAUAAAUGUGGCAGAUAGGGCAAGUCUUGUCCAUGACUUUACCAGAUGAAAAAAGAAAAAGAAAUUGACGUUAGAUUCUUGAAAUUUCCAUGUGGUUUAGUUUUAUUAAUUAUGUCUAGUUUAUGAAAAAGAAAACGUGUUUGAAAAAAAAACAGAAGCGUUGUCUCUAGAGACGAUGCUAGUGAUAUUGAUAGAGACGGUCUAACUUAUUGUUUUAUCUAUAUAGUACUACUCUUGUCAAUCUAUAAAAUCAGCUUUCUAUU